ACACCCCUCAGCGCCGGUGAUGCAGCCCCGCGGCAGAGGCACCGACAACUCCCCGGCAGAGUCGUCGCGACUUUAGAAUGGUGCAGAAAUCUCUCAACGGCGGGGUUUACCCAACUCAAGCCGGAGAGAAGAAGCACAAAGUCGGGUUCGUCGGACUGGACCCCGGGGCUCCCGAAUCCAGCAGGGACGGCGCGCUGCUGAUCGAGGGCUCGGGGUGCACCAAGCGGAGCAGCAUCCUCUGCAGACGCAGGUCCAGCAUCUCCGCAGGCAGACCCCGGCCGUCGAAGAAAAAUGCCAGCUAUCGGAAACUGCAGAAUUUCCUCUACAACGCGCUGGAGAGACCGCGGGGAUGGGCGUUCAUCUACCACGCUUAUGUGUUCCUGCUGGUCUUCUCCUGUCUCAUCCUCUCCGUCUUUGCAACAAUCAAAGAGUUCAAAAACAGCUCAGAGAGUGCCUUGUACAUUCUGGAAAUUGUGACCAUCGUGGUGUUUGGUGUGGAGUACAUUGUGAGGAUAUGGGCUGCCGGCUGCUGCUGUCGAUACAGAGGAUGGAGUGGGAGGCUGAAAUUUGCCAGAAAGCCUUUCUGUGUCAUAGACAUCAUGGUGCUGAUCGCCUCAGUGUCGGUUCUGGCAGCUGGAUCUCAGGGCAAUGUUUUUGCCACCUCAGCCAUCAGGAGCUUGAGGUUCCUGCAGAUCCUGCGCAUGCUGCGUAUGGAUCGACGAGGAGGCACCUGGAAGCUGCUCGGAUCUGUAGUCUACGCCCACAGCAAGGAGCUCAUCACGGCGUGGUACAUCGGCUUCCUGUGUCUGAUCCUGGCCUCGUUCCUCGUCUACUCAGUGGAGAAGGAGUUAAAUAAUGAGUUUGAGACGUACGCUGAUGCUCUCUGGUGGGGACUGAUCACUCUCACCACCAUAGGUUAUGGUGAUAAGGUUCCCAAGACCUGGUACGGACGCCUGCUGGCCGCCACGUUCAGCAUGAUCGGGGUGGCCUUCUUCGCACUUCCUGCUGGCAUCCUGGGCUCUGGCUUUGCCCUAAAAGUCCAGGAGCAGCACAGGCAAAAACAUUUUGAGAAGAGACGCAGCCCUGCAGCGGGCCUCAUCCAGGCUGCUUGGAGGUUUUAUGCUACCAACCUGUCCCGCACAGAUCUGCUGUGCACAUGGGAAUUUUAUGAGGACACUGUAGCUAUUCCAAUGUACAGACUCAUUCCACCCCUGAAUCAACUGGACCUGCUGAGGAAUCUGAAGGGCAAGUCAUUCAGGAAAGAGUCUCAGGCAGAAACCUCCCCCAGUAAUGAAAAUGCACACAAAGACAGACUUUGCGGGUGCUGUCCGAGAACCAUUAGUCGGAAGGCCAGCCUGAAGGACAAGGUGUUUCCCAGUCCGUCCAAGGUUUCCAAGGGAAAGGCCCAGUCUCCAGGGGCAGAGGAGGGUGCUGAGGGAAGUCCCAGCAAGGUCUCCAAGACCUGGAGCUUCACUGAUAAGAACCGAGGGCCCAAGCACAGCUUCAGGGGCCGGGGCAGCGCUUCACGCCAAAACUCAGAGGCAAUUGAAGGUUUAAUAAAGGCGAGCCUCCCAGGAGAGGAAAUGGGUGACGACAAGAGCUGCAACUGUGAGUUUGCCACCCAGGAAUUACCUCCAGGGUUGAAGGUUACAAUACGGGCAAUCUGCAUCAUGAAGUUCCUGGUGUCAAAGAGGAGGUUUAAAGAGAGCCUGCGGCCUUAUGAUGUCAUGGAUGUGAUCGAGCAGUACUCUGCAGGUCACCUGGACAUGCUUUGUCGCAUUAAGAACCUACAGUCCAGAGUUGACCAGAUAGUUGGUAAAGGUCCUAAAGCUGACGGAGACGCUGCAGAGGACCAGAGCAUGAUGGGACGUAUGGUCAAAGUGGAGAAACAGGUGACGGGUAUGGACCGGAAACUUGAUUUCCUGGUCAACGUGUAUGUGCAGCGCAUGGGCAUCCCUCGUUCUGAAACAGACGCCUUUUUCAACUCCAAAGAGCCGUAUCCAGCUCCGCCUUACCACAGCCCAGAGGAGUGCAAGAUGGAGAAGGAGGGAAGAGAGGAGGUGAAGGAAGAAAAGGAGGUGAAAUCCUGCUCCCCUGCAGAUGUCCCAUGCUCUGAUGGGUCCUCUGAAAAGAGAGAUCCUUUACUGGGUCAGUCUGUGGCCAGGUCGGUGGGUACUCCCUCUGGCAGCCACAGCCGCCCCUCUACCUCUUGGCAGCACCAAAUGCAGCACCCCCUCAGCCAGCCUGCCUGGAACAGCAGCGUGGCCAACACGCCUUCACCGGUCGGUGGCAGCGGCGAGCGCUCGCCCAACCUGUUCCGCCUCCCGCCUCCUCCUGCUCCGGUCCACGACCGCUCGUCAUCUGGCCCGGGUGGCAACAGCAGAGAGAGCUGCUCCAAGAACAGGAGGCGCCACAGGAGGCAGAGGUGUCAGCAGGAUGCCAUCGCUGUGGAGAGCGACACGUCUCUCUCCAUCCCGUCCGUUGACCACGAGGAGCUGGAGCGCUCCUUCAGCGGCUUCAGCAUCUCCCAGGCCAAGGAGGACUUCUUUGGGCCUCCUUUCUUCACAGGCUCAGGAGGGGGAGCGGGAGGAGGGACUGAAGCUGGACCUGGAACUUCACUCUGUGCCAGAGUCAGACCCUUCAUAGCAGAGGGGGAAUCAGACACAGACUCAGACCUGUAUGCCCCCUCACCUCUGUCCUUCACUGGAGAGGUCUCAUGUGGAGAGAGGGGGUGGCCAGGACUGAAGUAGAUUCAUGGCGAAUGAGAUCAGUGCUUCAGUGGCCAACAGGAGACCUGUCACCAGGCCGUGCAGCCAAGUGACUGAUGUCUGAUGCAGUCACAGACUAUCAAAGGUUGAGUGAAUGGAUGGGAUUAGCUCUUUAUUACAGAAGAUGGUAAAAUAUGUUCUUAUAAAAACCAACGGGGUGGUCCUUUACCACAUUUUUUGUUUGUGAUGUUAUACUUGACAAGAAAAUGCUAAAUUACACGUGCAUUGCCUUCUACUGAGUUUUGAUCUGUCAGUGAUGGCAGAUACGUGUGUGAUGUGUGGUGAUGAUUUGAUUUUGCACUGAACUUGACUUUGAUUUGAAACAAGAACAUCCCUUUGCUUUCUUUCAGUGGCGAGUGCACUUCUUCUGUUAAACCACUUUAUCUUUGAAACCACAGUGGCAGUUAGUAAAGCAAAGAUUGUUAGUCUUAUCAUGUGGUUAGCGUAGUGUCUUGAUAGCUUCUAUACCUUUGAAUGACUUGAGGUGUUAUGAUGAUGCCAAAAUCUUAGCUAUGAUAAUCAAUUAGAUUCCUGCAGAGUUAAAAAAAAAAGAAAAAAAAGUGCUUGCUUUUCAGCAUCAUUAAUUCCGCCUGGUAUUUAAUAAAAUAGUAAAGAGAAACUCCCCUCAAAGUAUUGCAGAUACUUCCCCCACCAGUAAACCAGAGAACGUCCUGCAUGGCAUGUUAAACGGUUGAUUUAAGGACAGUGUUUAAAGGCAGGCUUCAAAAACCAAACAGUGGCAAAAAGUCAGCACAACAACCCACUGAGUGUUGCCCGUCUGUACAGAGCACUGAAUACACAUUACAAUGUGCAUGCAUGACUGGUUUCAAGCCACAGUGUGUUGAUUUUUAGGGAGCUUUGCUGGAAUUCCACUCCUGUGAGAGGCAGCCUGAGCUCGCUACUUUCAUGGCUCUUCUUUUCUGGGCAAAUACGUGAAUUCAUGGAUUAUGUAUGCAGAGGCAGAUGUUUAUUAGCACACUCUAUAUGUGUUGACAUUAACUUGUGCGUUUUGUGUUGUUAUUACACAACAAUUUGUGCUGAUGUUGGACUGAGUAAACCAUAAGGGAGAUUUAUGCUGUGAUGCAUAUGUCAAUCAUUUAGAUUUCUUGUAGAUACGUUUGUUCUGCACUAAAUGAGAAAAUGCAAUAAAAAUCGAGCGAGGCAAUCGAGAACCGUCCUUUAAAAACAUCGACAUGGCCUUAUUUUUCAUGACAAAAUCCUUUGUUUUAUAAGUACAAUAAAUCAGUAUUAACAUUUCAUGUACUAUUCCAGGUGUUAUAGGUUUGACUAUGUCCUCAGAACAGAUGCUGGAGGUUAUAAUACAUUUGACCACAGAUGAUGCUAAAACAAGUCAUAGAAAAUCUACUUUAGCAUUUUAAAAUUAACUCUGGAAUAUGGAUGUGAUAGCAGAAGAAGGAUUUCAGUUAGUGGAUUCUGUUCACACACAAUCUGUAGGUUUUCUUAAAAGAAUAAACAAACCUGCGGAAAAUUUGUUCCCCCUCCUUUCACUCUUACAUGAAACAGUGGUUUUAGUUCAGCACCCUCAUGUAACUGCACUGUCUUUCUCUUCAAUAAUAAAACUUUGUACAUCAUUGAAAA